UUUUCUUCAUAACAAAUAUAUCACCGAAGGAACGUCAGUCCGUUUCGUAAUGAAUUAAACCAACAAUGGAUAAGAAAACGGAGAUAGAUGUUAUUGAAAUAGAUUCAGAAGAUUCUGAUGAAAUAGAAGUGAUUUCUGAGACUCCUGCUACCAAAACAAGUGAUAAUGACAAAGACAUUGUUUUCAUACAUGACAUUAAGAAACCUCCAAAAGAUGGCGAAUCAACAGAUGAUUUAUCUCUCGGUUUGCCAUCUAAUCUCGGCCUUGCUCAUGACACAAAUGGAUUACAUGAUCUGUGGGCAAUGCUGGAUAUUGACAACCAGACUGCAGGGGAUAACAUAGAUGGCAGUACUAGUAGUAGAUCUGACACGUCAAAACCUGAUUCGAAAACACCAUCACCAGUCACUAAGAAAGAGACCACACCAGCUACUGUAACGACAAACACAAAUCAAGGAAGAAAAGAGGCAGGGACCCCUGUUGAACUACUGACACUUCCAAACAUAUCAGGAAAUGGCAAUGGUCCUUUCAAAGAUGCACUCAUUGACAAUACAGUCACUAAGUCAGAUUCAGCUUUAUCCGAUGUGACUCUUAAAUCUGAAACCGAUGGCCAAUCUGAUGAUUAUAGCACAGAUGGUUCAACACUUGCAAGGUCUCUAACUCCAAACAAUUCAAAUGAUGAUUUUUCAGUGUCUGAUUAUGAUUCUCAUGAUGGAUCUGUUACACCAACCAACUCAAAUAAUGGCUUUUCAGAUUCAGACUCAGGAACAUGUCAGGAUCGUUGGCAAGUCAUUAGCCCAAAGUGUGCUUUUUCAGACUCAGAUUCAAUUGCAUCGAAGUCAUCAUCUCACCUUAUGGGAAUCAGCCCAGAUCAAAAUUCUGAUUCAAAAUUCAGCAGUGAAGUAUCUAGUCUAUCAAAUUCAUUCUCCGAUCAUUCAUCUGAGGAAUCUGAGAAAAAAUUUCGCUGGUCUCGGACGAAAUUAUCUCCACAACGACGAGUCCAGUGUGGUUUUAGUGGAGAUUUUGAUGCCCUCCCUCAAUACUCCCGUCAAUCACCCCAGCCAUCCACAUCAUACCAACUAAACCAAGUUGACAACAACAACAUUAAGAAUAGAGAUGCUGUGACAUUUGAAAUCACAGAUGAACCAGACAACUCUAGUCCCACAAGCAAUCACCCUAAGAAACACUCAAAAUCAUCGAAAACUAAAUCCAAGACCAAAAAAUCGAAGAAAAGAGACAAGGUGAUUAGAUAUGAUUCAUCUGAUAGUGAUUCAGAUUUUGAAACUUCUCCAUCACGUCGAAAGAAAUUUAAGAUACACCGAUCAUUAUCUGAAGUAAGGGAUCAAUCAUUUUCAUUAUCAAAAAAGAAAAAGGCUGAACUUAUGAAUCGUAGCCUAUCUGUAUGUGAGAGAAAAUCGGAAGAUGAAGAAAAAGCUGAACCUAUCAAGCUUGAUUUGCAUAAAUGCUGCAAAUGCAAUAGAUGGAGUACGGGUAGUGUUCUCUCUGAAUGCACAUGGGGGCAGCACUUGGCCUGUCAAACCUGUGUUGAACCACUUGCCAAAGCAGCAAUUAAAGAUGGGGGCUGGGUGUCAUGUGUUGUUGUGGCCUGUAAUAGUGUUUACACAACAGACCAACUGAGACGUACCCUACCCUCAAUGGUGGUAGAUAUCCUUGAGGAGAAGAAUGGAGGGAAGGAGUUGGAUUAUCUUUCCUACCUGGUACAGAGUGCGGAGGAGAAGGAGGUGCCAGAUGUCUCCCAGAAUGCAUCAGAGAACAAUCCACCUGAGGAGCAAUACAUACCUAACCUACCAGGUCAUUGGGCCCCUAUGCUUAAAACAACAAAGGAUUACGUGCUUGUGGAUGUUGAGGGUGGGUGUCCUGAAUAUGAGCAGCUAGCCGUGGACUUCCAUGCAACUAUGCCUUUCCCAGACAUGGAGAUCAUAUCUGUGAAACGUAUACAAAACCACAUGGUUUGGCAGUUCUUUUCAGUUAAGAAAACUCAAAUGGAACAAACCAAUGGGAAAGAAUCUAUCAUGGAACGUAUGUUGUUUCACGGCACAACAGAUGAUCUGAUUGGUCCAAUUUGUAAAACAAACUUUGACUGGAGGGUAUGUGGAUCUAAUGGGACAAACUAUGGCAAAGGAUCCUACUUUGCAAGAGAUGCCAAGUACUCCCAUGUUUAUACUUUGGCUGGCAGGAGAGGUCAUCUCCCAACUAGCAAACACAGAAUGAUAAGCAUGCAGGGGGCUAAUUUUCCCAAGAUCCUCUGGGCUCAAGCUAGGAACAUUCAAAUACCUGCAAUGAAUAUUAAUCCACCUCCGGGUUUAAAGGUUGGUAGUGUUACACAUUCAACAAUAGGAGGUCCUCAGCCAAACCAAUCACAAGUUAUCUCAAGUACCUCCACCAGAGCCCCUGCAUCACAAGUUGGUACCCCCACAUCUAAUAUCCCAGCACAUGGGACAAAUCCAAGGAGUAGUGGUUCACAACAAGGCUACUUUCCACCAAACCCGACAUACUCUCUGAGUGCCCAUGUUUUCAAUCCCAAUAGUGGUACACAAGGAGCUUCGGGAACUAAUCCGCAGCAAUCUAGCAAUGCCCCCAUGGGCAUUGCCUUCUGUAUGUGUAAUGGCUGGAAGAAGGCAAAAGGUGUUAAAGUGGUCCCAGGUUGCACAAGCAGUAGAUGCCAGAGUUUGGGCAGGAGCAUUAAUGCCACAAGGAAUCGUCACCAUCUUUCUAGGAUGCAUCAUAUGGAACAAUUGUCAAAGGCUAGAACAUCUGCCAUUGCUGCUGUUCAUGCUGCUGUUGGUGCCACAGCUGCAUCACUUCAAUCCACACCCAGUAGUUUAGCAUCGGGAAUAACUGCUGCCUCUGGUUCUGGUGUUACUCCAUCUUCCAGUACAAUCUCCCCCUCCAUCAAUACCACCCCAGCUCAUGCCUCAACCAAUGCCGCUCACUUACCCCCAAGGCCUUUUCUCAACCCACCCCCAGCUGGUAACCCAUCUGCCCCCCAGUCAGCUCAUGGGGCCACACCUCAACAGCCAGUUCCACCCCCAGCCCACUCUUCUAAAUCCAAUCCACCGCAUGCACAUCAGAUACGCGAUCCCCCAUGGCCAAUGCGAUAUUACCCAAAAUCUAAGGGAACUGUACAGAAAACAGCACCUACAACACCUAACCCUCUCUCGAGACAUGCAAAAGACCCAUUCUUAACCAGACCCAGACCCACACCUUCUCAGCCUGCACCAGCUCAAAACGAGGAUAUACGUAAGAUGUUUUGUGCUCGUGUUCUGACUGGAAACUGCGCCUUAGGAGCUCCCUGCAUGGUUAAACCACCCCCUUUGGACGUUAACGACCCCUAUGGACGAGCAUUUGACUCUUGCGUGGAUAGGCUAGACAAUCCUAAGAUCUUCGUUAUCUUUGAUAAUGCACAGUGCUACCCAGAGUAUAUCAUUGAGUAUAAAGUAAGCGCACAAACAUGUGACUACUCUGUAUAACUUAAGGUGCCACCUCAUGAUUUUCACGCUAAAUUCUACAUGUUAAUACUGUACAUUCGUGUUGGAGACUUUCCCUAAUCAAAAUUGUGAAAAUCAUUUUAAAAUUUUGAAAAAAUCACACAAGUGCGGGUGUGUCGUCUUGCAAUUAUCAAUUGUGUGUGCAAUUAUCAAUUGUGUGUGAUUAAGUGCAAAACCUUUGGGACAGCCCCUAAAAUAUAAUGCAAUAUCAGUUAUCGGAAUUAAGGAAAUUCACAAACUGAGGACUAUAACAUCCUGGAUUAUUAAUACAAAUCACUAGAUAUUUGUGAACUAUGUAUUUUUAAGUACUAAUGUUCAAUAACAAGCAGUAUAGGAUAUAUAAAAUGCAAAGAUCAGAUUGCAGUAUCUACAGAACAUCAAAUAUGGACAGCUUGAUCUUAAGGAAUUUGCAGGAAUUGAAAUUGAAUUACUUCAUAUCUUUGAUCAUAGGUAUUGAUGUUUCACAUAUCAGAGAGUGAUUUUAAGUAUAGCUGGCCCCUAGGAUGAUGU